AUGGCGGAAGCAACCGGAAGACCAAAACGCCUGCUUCAGAGAGAUCCCACAUCCAGGCUCUGGUGGAGCUCCUUGCACCCUCGGCCAGAAGCGCCCCCGCCCCACGCAGGUGGGGCUCAUCGGGUGGGCCCGGCGUGGGCGGGGCCAGGCGAGAUUUGGGAAGUGGGGCUGGGCUGGGGCGCAGUGGAGGCCGAGCCAGCUCCGGACUUCUCGAUGCUGCGAGAGAUGCUGGCGCCGCCCUGUUUGGAUCCCGAGCCGCCCCCGGAACCCCCCACCCAGCAGGCACCAAGGACCCCACGAUGCCUCAGAUCCAGUGGCAGGUACCUCCCAGGGAAGGGGGUGAACACGCUACCCCUUGUCCCCAGGUCCUUCUGGCCUGCACACCAGGACUCGGUCACAGCCCUGUGCUUCCUCCAAGAGACAGCAGAGGGGCUGGUGCAGCCCCCCGCCUGGGACACCCAGGCCUUGGGGCCCUGCUGGGAGCUGAAGGCCCUGGAGACUCUGGCACCCCUGCCUCUGGCCAAGGAUGGCAAGACCAUGCUGACCCCAGUCAACCAGCAGAGCCCCAGCCUGGGGUCCCCAGGGGCUCCCCCGGCCUCUUCAGCCCAGCCGCAGAGGAGGCCCCGGAAGCAGUUGAACCCCCAGCGAGGCGCCGACAAAGUGGACCCCUGGUUCGAGGGGGUGACCCUGAAGUUUCAGAUAAAGCCAGAUUCCAGCCUCCAGAUCAUACCCAGCUACAGCCUGGGCUGCAGCAGCCGCUCUCAGGGUCCCCCGACAGGCCCUGCGGAAAGCCCAGAGGCCAAGCCGGGAGGCAGCGAGGCCCCGGGGCCCCGACGCUGUGCUUCCUGUAGGACCCAGAGGACCCCACUCUGGAGAGAUGCUGAAGAUGGGACCCCCCUCUGCAAUGCCUGUGGUAUCAGGUACAAGAAAUAUGGCACCCGGUGUUCUGGCUGCUGGCUGGUGCCCAGGAAGAGCGUCCAGCCCAAAAAGCUAUGUGGCAGAUGCGGGGUGUCCCUGGGUCCCCACCCAGUCCCAACUCAGGAGGGGUGA